CUGCCUAGUUUCUUCUGGAAACUUUCCAUUGUCCAACCCCCAGAGCGGCCAGCACUCACCGAGGCAGGUUCUGUCCUGCUGUGUGGUUAAUGAAGCUGGUGGGCCGGCAGCUUCCUCCUGGUUGCCAUGAGAACAACCAGGGCCACUGGCCCUCUGAAAACGGAAAAGAACAGCAAGUGCAAGACCACACAUUCCAUCCUGCCUUCCAGAUUAAAACAGCUGUCAAGCCAGAGGGAAGAAUCAGGCAGGGGUCUGCAAAGUGCAAAAGAGAGCCUCACGGUAGAACUCUGAGAUGUGAGUUCCAGUGAACUGGCUCACGAAGGGGAAACACACGCUUGGUGGCACACGCUGAGAUCAGAAUGGCACCACCUCCUGGGCACAGGGUCCUUCUGGCUGGCACGCUGGGCAUCUUUGUUCUCCACUGCUUCACGGGAGGGCAGAAGAACAGCACGCUGAUUUUCACCAAGGAAAACACCAUCCGGAACUGCAGCUGCCCUACCGAUGUCCGGGACUGUGACUACAGUCUGGCCAACUUGAUGUGCAGCUGUAGAACCGUCCUGCCUUUAGCCCUCCGGCAAGCCAGCUACAGUGACCAUCUGACCAUCUGGUUCACAGAUGCAUCGGCCCUGGGCCUCCUGUUGAACUUCACGCUGGUCCGGGACCUGAAGCUUUCUCUGUGCGGCACCAACACUCUGCCCACCGACUACCUCGCUAUCUGUGGUCUGAAGAGGCUUCGUGUCAACACCCAAGCCAAGUGCCUAUCACCAGAGCAGAGCUUGCUCAUGCUCAACGGUGGGGAAAGGGAACCCAGAGAGCAGCCCGUGUGGUUCCCCAGAGGCUGGCAAACAUGUAUGUACAUCUCCUUCUUAGAUCUGGCGCUUUUCAACAGGAAAUCAUCAUUAAAAGCAUACAGUAUUGAAAACGUUGCCAGCAUUGCCAACAAUUUUCCUUACUUUUCUUACUUUGAAACCUUCCCAAUUUUAAGCAAUGAAAGCUAUGUCGUCACAUUCAUUUACUAACGUUGUAACAGAGGCCAACCUUCAGGAACUUUGGCAAGCUAUGGAUAAUUUGAACAAGAAAGCUGGGAACAAGCCCAUGGGCUUCCUUACCUAUAACUUCACCUGUCUGCCCAGCCCCCAUUCACCACAGAGCCACACAUACACCAGCCCUCUCUGCUCUACGCUUUGCUCAACCAUGGGAGUGAUUUCAAAAAACAAAAAAGGAACAAAACUCAAAAAACUCCAAACCAACCAACCAAACAAAAUGAUCUGUGUCCAGAAGGUCUUGAGAGCAGCUGGGUCUGUGCUCCUGGGGGGUCUGUGGGGAAAUGUCAGAUCAGAUAUGGAGAAAGCAAUACACACCAAGGACUGCUUAGUGGAACUGAGCACCGGGGAUGACCACCAAGGAAGACAUCUUCCUUCCAAACACUGCCUUCCUAUUAUUCUCCUUCAUUUUGAUACAGUGACUGGAAUUCCCCUAGGAAGAGAAGGAUAGAUUUCACAGGUUUGGGGACUGUGAGUUCCACACAAUGAUUAGGUUCUCCUAGACUCUUAUUUUCCAACAUAUUUUCCAAAUACCUCUUAGACCGAUACUUGCCAAGCAUGUAUGUGCUGAGAAAGGGGAGUUCUAAGAGUGGAACAGGUCAGGUUGCGGUGGGACCUUAGGACCAAAUGAGAGUGUUAAGCUUAGAGGAAUGUGAUACAGAAAUGAAAACCAGAGGACACAAAAAUCAAUGACAUAUAUCUCAAAAUUUUGCUUAGAGCAAGGCCUAAACGCAGGGAGUUUCUCUCUUACAUCCCUUUUCUUUCAUUCUUUUCUUUGACUACUUCUUUGUCCCCACCAUACCACUUCACCUUUCUUCUCCUAUUUUCCUCCUCCUCUCCCUCCCCUUCCUCCUCCUGCUCCAGAAAUAAGAAUUUGGAUUAAUACCAUUAGAACUGCAUUUAACACCACCAGGGGCUAGCCUGGGAAUCUAAUAAUCAUUUAUAAUGUUAUUCUUAUGGGAAAAGAUGCUCAUAUGACUAAAAGAAAAUUAACCAAAGAACUUUUAGGGCUCAGUCCAUUCGGAUGUUUAACUGUAAAGUUAAGACACAUUAUAUGACAUGAUUGACACAAAGUGGUCUGAGGUAUUACAACAAAAGGAACCAAGGCAACAUAUUAAAAAAAUAAAUAAAAAUGAAACUGAUCUUAGUGUACCAAGAAAAUUUUUCUUCACAGACUCAAUUUACCACUGAGAUACAAUGUAAAGAAUCCAUGGCAAUUAUGAUACAAAUGUCCAAACUUAGAGUGCAAGGAACUAGAAACAUAAUUGCAUUUAUAAUGUCAUAAGGGUAAGAAAGAAUUUUAUUACAAAAUAACAGGUUGUCUUGGGGUUGAUGAUUUCAGAUCACAAUCAACACAUUUUUCUCUUACCCUUAACAUAGGGUAACUGAAAUAACCUGAAAUAUCGACAUUUGCUUAAUUGGUGGGGGAUUUGGCCAUUCAGGCUAAUUAGCAUGAGUCCAUAAUGCCAGUGUUUAAAUCAGGCCAAAAUUAAGACCAAAGUAUGACUUUUAAUAGAAUAAUGCAAUGACCUCAUUACUGAUAUUGUAUUUGAGAGGUAAGUUUAAAGUGAGAGAAAAAGACAAGGAGAAAAAAAGGAUUUGGAAAAAGGAAAGCAAGAAGAAUAUAAGCGAAAGGACA